UCCCUGCGCAGCAUCGACCAGUUCGCAAACUUAGUGUUGCACCAGACUGUGGAGCGCAUCCACGUGGGCAAGAAGUAUGGGGACAUCCCUCGAGGCAUCUUUGUGGUGAGAGGCGAGAACGUCGUUCUGCUGGGGGAAAUUGACCUGGAGAAGGAGAGCGACACGCCGCUGCAGCAGGUCUCCAUCGAGGAGAUCCUGGAGGAGCAGCGGGUGGAGCAGCAGGCCAAGCAGGAAUCGGAGAAGCUGAAAGUGCAGGCGCUGAAGGAGCGGGGCCUCUCCGUCCCGCGGGCAGACACCCUGGACGAGUACUAGGUGUGCUGCCCCCCGGACCUUUCCCCCGCGGCAGAGCGAGGGGCGCUCUGUGAUCUGCCCGUGCGUGGGCAGGUCUCUUUGCAAAGGCAGUUUUUAUUUUCUGAUUGUGUUUUCAGAGGUGCAGAUAACUGUAAAGAAAAUCAUGCCUUUAGUUUCUCCUUGUGGAGAAGGAGGAGAGAAGGCAUUUGGCUGCCCUUCGGGGCGGCCUGGGGAGCGUGAGCGUUUGUGUUCAGGAGGCACAGCGCUCGGUCCUUUGGGUUUGUUUGCUUUUUCCUCCUCACGUGACUCUGGGUGAGAGUUUUCCUUGACGUGUAAAUAAAUCCUUC